AUGCCUCCUCCCAUCGAUCACGAAUGUCUCCACCUCGAGGAGCUUUUACAUACGUAUGCUAUCGAGCAACUCCCACCUGGAGACCAGCUCUCGGUAGAACUUCUGCAGCAGCUGACGGCGCCUCGGGAUCCGAAGAAUCCAGGAUUCGUUUCCAUUUCUCAAACGCACGAGGAAAUCUCCAUCGUCCGGCAGGCGAGCGAUGGGGAAUGGCGAGGGCUCAAGAUCGCUGGGCCAAUGGAUUUUGGAAUUAUCUGUAACUUGACGAAGCCGCUCCAAGAUGCCGGAGUAGGCGUGUUUGUGACGUCGACGUGGAACACAGACUAUGUACUUGUGAAGAAACAAAACUGGGCCAAGGCGAGGGAGGCUUUGGUGGCAGAUGGCUGGAAAUUCACUGAGAAAUCCUAA